CUAUUCUGUACUGGUAGCGGGCAUUGGGAGCGAGCUGUGAGCUAGCUGUCAGAUGGAACAGGAACACAUCUCGAUGGGAGGAGUUUCCUGCCCCAAGGGGAAGGUUGAGACGAGUACCUUCACCGUCUUUCCGAGGCGUGUGUGCGCUGCGCGUAAAAGCUGACGGUGACGUGCGGGACACGGGAGCAGGAGCAUGGAGAUGGGACCCUACCACGGCACGGGCACGGGAAGAAAUGGCACUCACACCCCUCUGACCACUUGAGCAGGACAGGACAGCCACCAGUCUUCAGGAGCUUAUAGGCCAAGACUCUAGAGGUUAUCCACGUUACCUUACCGUGAGCGCGUUUGACAAACUGUCACCAUGCCCAUUCUGGAGAGAGACGCGUCAAGGGACCCGGCGGAAAGUCAACAUGCCUUGCCCAAGGUCCCUCUGCCCCCGCUGAAGCAAACCCUCGACAUGUACCUGAAGAGCAUGGAGCACCUCGUGGGGAAGGAGCAGUUCAGCAAAACCAAAACCAUCGUGGAGAAGUUCGGGGCCCGCGGGGGGGCCGGCGAGACCCUGCAGAAGAAGCUUUUGGAACGGAGGGAAAGUACGACCAACUGGAUCUAUGACUACUGGCUCCAAGACAUGUACCUGACCAACCGAGUGGCUCUGCCCGUGAACUCCAACCCUGCCAUGGUCUUUCCCAAACAGGCCUUCCGAGAUCGGAAAGACGCCCUCAGAUUCGCUGCUCAUCUCAUCACGGGGGUGUUGGAGUACAAGUCUCUCAUUGACACACAGGCGCUGGCCGUGGACUACGCCCGGGGCCAGCUGGCCGGCACCCCGCUGUGCAUGCAGCAGUACAGCCGCAUGUUCACCUACUACCGCCGGCCGGGUCACACGACCGACACCCAGAUCGAGAGCCCCGCCGCAACCUCGGAGCCAGAGCACAUCAUCGUGGCGUGUAAAAACCAGUUCUUUGUGCUGGAUAUAGUCUCCAACCUAAAGAGGCUGAAUGAGAUGGACAUCUUGUCCCAGCUUGAGAAGAUCGUGUCCAUGGCAGAGAGAUCUCAGGACAGUCUUCCCCCCUUCGGCCUCUUCACCUCCGAUGGCAGGAAGGAAUGGGCUCAAGCCAGGGACGAACUCAUUAAAGACGCGACCAACAGGGCGUCCCUGGCGCUGAUGGAGAGCUGUGUGUGCGUGGUGUGUCUGGACGAGCCCACCAAGCUGGAGCCCAGCGACACCAACCGGGCCCUGCUGCUGCUCCACGGAGGGGGCCGCGGCGUGAACGGCGGCAACCGCUGGUACGACAAGUCCAUGCAGUAUGUGGUAGGAAUGGACGGCGUGUGCGGCGUGCUGUGUGAGCACUCGCCCUUCGAGGGGAUCGUGAUGGUGCAGAGCUCAGAAUACCUGCUGAAGUACAUGACAAGGAGCCCCUCCAAGAUGGCGAGGUCACUCAGCGUGACGGAUCUUUCACCACCGAGGAGGCUACCCUGGAAGUCCAAUCCUCACAUCCAGGCUCUCCUAUCAGGCUCUUCAGAUAGACUUCAGAGGCUAGUCGCUAACCUUGAUAUGGACGGCUACAAGUUCAAAUUCUACGGGAAAGAAUUCAUCAAGAAGCAGAGGAUGAGUCCAGACGCUUACAUACAGGUGGCGUUACAACUGGCCUUCUACAGAUGCAACGGCCGGCUUGUCUCCACCUACGAGAGCGCCUCCAUCCGCCGCUUCCAGGAGGGCCGCGUGGACAACAUCCGCUCAGCCACCCCCGAGGCACUGGCCUUCGUGAAGUCCAUGACGGAUGAAAAGCCGGCUCUCAGCGAUUCGGAAAGGAUGAAAAGACUGAGGGAUGCCAUAAAGGCCCAGACUGACUACACGAUUGCAGCCAUCACAGGGAUGGCCAUAGACAACCAUCUCCUGGGGCUUCGUGAGAUGGCCAAGGAGCUCAAGAUGGAGCAGCCGGAUAUCUUCUCUGAUGAGACGUACCGGGCCAGCAACCAGUUUAUCCUCUCCACCAGUCAGGUCUCCACGGUGAUGGAGAUGUUCUGCUGCUACGGCCCCGUGGUGCCCAACGGCUACGGGGCCUGUUACAACCCCCAGGCCAACCACAUCGUCUUCUGCGUGUCCAGCUUCCGGGAGAGCACCGAGACCUGCUCGGCGGUGUUCACCAAGGCACUGGAGCAGGGUCUGCUGGAGAUCAGGGACCUGUGCCAUAGAAGUGGUGCUGCUGCCGCCGCCGCUGCUGCUGCCCCCACCACCACCACCACCCCCCCCACCACCGCCGCCACCCCCCCCGGGGUCCAGGGGGACGGGACGCAGCCCGGCCACCGGCCAGGGGGGCAAAGCCUCAGGGAAAUGAGCGUAGUGAGAGUGGUCCCUCAAGAUUGACCCGUUUGUUUUUAAAUGCUCCAGCUUACAGGUCUGGAUUUUAGGGUAGGCCCGUUUUGAGGGACUCGAUCCAGAGAUCCAGAACUGGAUCAAAGGUACUUCGACCAAUCACGACACAGUGUUCAUGAAAGCACAUUCCCUCCCGGUGAUAUAACCGAGGCAAGUGACUUUAAUGCAUAGCCUGAGAUAGUUUUGCGAUUGAUCGAGAUAGUGAACUAAAGUCCAGACGUGUAGACUGGAACAUUUAAAGAAAUCCUGCUGCCACUCGUCUGUUCUGAGCGACCAAAUAGAGGUAGACACUGCCCUGAGCGGUGCUCCUCUCAGCAAUCCUAGCCGUAGUUUUAGACUCACCAGUGUGGUCGUGUGCGUAUUAUCUGUGC